AUGUCUACUGCAUCUGUGUGCACUCCCAUCAAGAGCCAUCAUGGCCUCUUCUCCUCCAAGACCGCUGGCGGCCGCAUGCCCCUCACUCCAUCACCCCGCGCAAGAAACACCAGCUUGUCCGGCAACCUGCCCAAGGAUGAGACAUCUCCUUUCACUCCUCCUCGUCAGGCCAGUGACGCUCCUCGCUCAAAUUCUCAGUCUGUCUACGGCGGUGGCAACCUUGCAUCUCACUUCGCCAAGUCGGUGACCAAGACUAGACCCGUCUCUAAGGGUAGCUUCUGUGAAUCACCAAAGUCCAACAUCGCCCGUGUGAGACGCUCACCUCGUCAUCUCGAGCCCGCCGUGUCAGACUGGACUCUCACCGGAACGGGACCAGCUCAGGCUCAGGCCCCAACUCCCACCAAGAAGCGAGCAUCGAAGAAGGAGACUACUACCACGAGGACGACCAGAUCAUCCAAGACCAGCAAGACCACCAUUCGUCUUCCACACACUGUUGCAGACAGAUUCAUCCCCAACAGAAGCACCAGCGAGGGUUUGAUCACUGCUGGCAGUGCAAAGUCUGAUGACACCACCCAGAGACCCAAGACCAGCAGCGGUGAAGGGUCUGCUGUCCUAGCAAGCGCGGCCAGCGCCUUUGAUAUCAACGGCCACAGCCGUGACGACGACUUGGCCGAAGCCUUUGGUGGACUUGGCCUUGAAGACAAUGGCAGCUCCAGUAGCUACUCACGUCCUGACCCCAACGCUAUUGCGUACAAGUCUUCUCUCGCAGAUGCCUGUGGUGUCUCCCUGAACACUCGUAUCCUUGAGUUCAAGCCUGCUGCCCCUGAAUCUUCCAAGCCAAUUGACCUCCGCUCCCAAUACAACCGUCCUCUCAAGGCUUCCACCGCUCAGACUGCGCAGUUCCGCCGCCGAGUUCAAACUGCCCCAGAUCGUGUCCUUGAUGCCCCUGGAUUGGUUGACGACUACUACCUGAACCUCCUAGACUGGAGCUCUGGUAACCAGGUUGCUAUUGGCCUGGAACGCAACGUAUACGUCUGGUCUGCAGAAUCUGGCGGCGUUAGCAGCCUGCUCGAAACCCCUGCAGACACCUACGUCAGCAGCGUCAAAUGGAGUGGUGACGGUGCCUAUGUUGGUGUCGGCCUCGGAACUGGCGAAGUCCAGAUCUGGGAUGUUGAAGAGGGCACCAAGCUCCGAAGUAUGUUUGGCCAUGAAACCCGCGUUGGUGUUAUGGGCUGGAACAAGCACACUCUGUCCACUGGAGCCCGAAGUGGCCUCGUCUUCAACCACGAUGUCCGCAUCGCUCAACACAAGACUGCCGAGCUCGUCUCCCAUACCUCUGAAGUCUGUGGCCUCGAAUGGCGAUCCGAUGGUGCCCAGUUGGCCACUGGUGGAAACGAUAACCUCGUCUCUAUCUGGGACUCCCGCUCCCUGUCUGCCCCCAAGUUCACCAAGACCAACCACCGCGCUGCCGUCAAGGCUCUCAGCUGGUGCCCAUGGCAAUUGAACCUCCUCGCUACUGGUGGCGGUUCCUACGAUCGUCACAUUCACUUCUGGAACACCACCACUGGCGCCCGCACAAACAGCAUCGACACCGGCUCCCAGGUCACCAGUCUCAGAUGGAGCAACCAUUACCGCGAGCUUGUCAGCUCCAGCGGUUUCCCAGACAACUCUUUGAGCAUCUGGAGCUACCCAUCUCUCGUCCGCAACGUCGAGAUUCCCGCCCAUGAGACCCGUGUUCUUCACAGCUGCCUCAGCCCAGACGGCCAGAUGCUAGCCACCGCCGCUGCCGACGAGAGCUUGAAGUUCUGGAAGAUCUUCGAGCGCAAGCCAGGCACCGCUGCCUCCACCUCCAGAGAAGGCGGCCUCACCAGCAAGGGAAGCAAGAUGGCAAAGCAAAUGACCAUUCGAUAG